AUGUGUGGCGGCGCGAUCAUCUCCGAGUUCAUCCCGCAGCGCGACGCCGCCCGCGGCGGCGGCAAGCGGGGCCUCUGCGCCGAGGACUUCUGGCCGCACUCGGCCACGGCGGCCGCCGACUUCGACGACUUCGCCGCCGCCUCCUUCCAUCCCGACCAAGAGCCGCCGGCCAGGAAGCGGGAGCGCAAGACCAUGUACCGCGGCAUCCGGCGCCGCCCCUGGGGCAAGUGGGCGGCGGAGAUCCGUGACCCGGCCAAGGGCUCGCGCGUCUGGCUCGGCACCUUCGCCACCGCCGAGGCCGCCGCGCGCGCCUACGACCGCGCCGCGCGACGCAUCCGCGGGGCCAAGGCCAAGGUCAACUUCCCCAACGAGGACCCGCCGCCCGACUACGACGACGACCACGCCGGCGCCGCGCAGGGGAUGCUCGCCAUGUCCUGCGCCGGCGGCACCAGGGACCACCUCGUCGACUACGACGUCGAUGUCAUGGGCAUGGGGACGUUCUUCCAGAACCACCCCAACCCGCUCUACGACGCCGUGGCGCAGCAGGACCAGGUGCCCACGGUGGCGUACGUGCACCACCACCAGCUGCCGCCGCCGCAGGACGACGCCGCCGGGAUGGAGAUGUGGACGUUCGACGGCAUCAACACGGCCGUGCCCAUGUGA